ACACAUCAAGAUGAUAUAUCACAUCUACUUAUACUAAAUAAAAAGACUCAAAAUAUUGAACCACAAUUAUUUGCUACUGAGCUCGAAAAGUUCACGCCAUAUCGUCAUCGUAUUACAGCCAGUAUUCACCAUCAGCAGGCUCUUCUACAAGAAUUAACUGGAUUUUACAAAAACUUAAUGGAGGGUAAUGAGGCGAGAGCUUUGCAAAAUCGAUGGGAUCAAAUUGAUCGAAAAAGAAAAGAAGUCUCUGAAAGAUUCAAAAAAGCCAAAGAUGCGUAUCUCGAAGUAAAGGAAGGGAUAAGAAAGGGAAUUCAAUUUUACAUUGAUCUCUCGGAUUUGAUUGAAAACCUUUCCAAGACAGCACAUCAAUUUGAAAAAAAACGUCAAGAAGAACGUAAUGAAUUGAUCCAAUACAUAGAAAAUCAAGAGUCGCAAAAAGCAAACAAACAAUUGAACCAAUUAAUAGCAUCAACUGCCGCCUCCUUAGACUCUAGCAAACAACCUAAUCCUUAUGAUGAUAUAGGAAAAUUAGCGGAAGAGACUAAACGUCUAUCAAUUAACAAUAGUAUUAACUCAAGGUCAAUGGGUCAAACUAAAAACAUGAAUUUAGAAUCAUUAUCACUAACUACUAAUUCCCAAAUUCAACAAAAUAAUCAAUCAAAUGAUGGGGCUUAUUUUCGUAACACUCCGUCUUCGAACAAUACUCAAACUAAUAAAUACGCGUCCUCAUAUAUUACUCCUUCCACUUCUAUUCCUCAACAAAAUGCUCCACCUCCGAGUGCACCAUCUAAUUAUUAUUCAACCUCGCUCAUUCGACAAUCUUCUCUUUCUUCAUCAUCAUCCCAACCUCCAUUAACUGCUAUUACACCACCACCUCAACAACCCUUAUUCCAACCGGGACCACUGCCACAGUCGUCUCACUUUCAACAAGUAGCACCUAUGCCGUCAUCUGUACCAAAUGGACAACAACCUUCACAAGCACAUUUUGUAAAUCAGCCACCACCGCAGCAAAUAGCACAACAAUCUUUAAAUCAGCGUCCUCAAUUUUCAUAUAAUCAUAUGGGAAUGUCUCCCCAGCAAGAAGUAACCGAAUCUCAAAAAUCUACCCCACAUCCUCUUUCAAGGCCUUCUAGUAUAUACGGAGUCCAAUUAUCACAACCUUCAUCCUUAUCCCAACCACAGCAACAGCCACCUUCACCUACUACUUUACGUUAUAAUCAAACACCUGUAUUACAACAACCGUUUCAAUCAAUGCAACGCCCGCCUACUUAUGAAGGUCAUUCUUCUAUGAAUAUUUCUUCAUUGCCGUCUCAGAAUAGCCAUCCUCAAUUGCAACAACCCCCACCUUCGGUGAUACCACAAAGGCCUCCUCAGCAUCAGCCACAGUAUUCUUCCAUACAACCCCCAUCAUUUCAGCAACAACCGCCAUUGAAUCAAUAUUACAAUACGCAUCAAAUAUCGCAAGGAUUCAAUAAUCCUCCACCUCAAGUUCAAACACAGCCAAGUUAUCAACAAACAUCUCAAUACAAUCAACAUACUAUUCCACAACAGCAGCAAUAUUAUCCACAAACCUCACAAGGGUUGGGCAACCACAAGGAAAUUUUACCAAUGGAUCGUCGCUUUUGGAUUGAACCAAUGUUCAAUCUUUUAAAUAAUCUUAUACUUUGA